CUUCUCUUAGAUGAAUUGCCAUCCAAGGCUAACGAGUCUGGUGGUGGUAUUUUUGCUUGACUGGGCUCUGGCUGGAAUUGAACGCCAGGCCACCAACUUGAGACUUGCUCAGUUUAGACCACUCAGCCACCCAGUAUUACAUUUAAUAUUACAAUUACAUAUAUUAAAUUGAGGCAUUCAUUUAAACCAGAGGUACUCAAAAUUUUUAAACAUGGGGCCUGCUCACUGUUCCGCUGACACUGACUGGGGCCGGACUACAGCUUGUAAAAAAAAAAUGAAAUAAUACCUAUGAACACUGCACAUAUCUAAUAUGUAGUAAGAACAAAUACAACAAAGGCGAAAAUCAGAAAAUAUGUUUUAGACAAAGAAAAAUUUCAAUCCACAGAAACAUAUUAGUAUUUAAAUGGAAAGUAUGGACCUAGCUUUUGGCUGAUAAGUUGGUCGAUUUACGGUUCCAUAAUUGCCAGAGCAACACGGAAACGCGUACGGCAGCAUGGUGUGCCGGGUUAAGGGCCCAUGGUGGGCCGGAUCGGGUCCACGGAUCGUAGUUUCAUGUCGCUAGAUUUUAAAAAAAAAAUUUUUUAUUCCCCUUGCAAGGUAUCUCCGACAUGACCGCUGUCCAAAUAGCGACAUAUGAAACAAAAAUAUGGUAAAUCUGACCGCUGUCCAGGAAGUGCCGUUUGAUAAAUCUGACUUGGCGUAUUGAAAUAAUAUCUGUAAACGUGGAACCACCUUACCGAAAAGGCUGCGUGACGAUUGGUCGACAACGACCAAUCAGAGACGAGGUGUCAGGCGUUUGUGACAAGCAGACAAUAUAUAAAUAACUGUUUGGGAGACUGUGUGCGAGUUUUGGGUUUGUCAUGCUAUCUCUAGGUACAAAUUUUUAUUCACUUUGUUUUAUUCAAGCUUUACAAGUAAGACAUAGAAAAAAAACAAUAUUGUUUUAAUAUUUUGAUGUCGUUAUUAAUGCCAUAUUUUCAAAUUAUCUAUUUUGUCAGGCAUAGUGUUGUAAUCAAAUUUUACCUAAAAUUCUAUAUUUUUGAAAUUAUAGUAAGAUAUAUUAAUAGGUCAAGUCUAAUUAAUUUGAUUCCAAUGUCUGAUAACAUCAUGAACGUACUUCUAAAAAUAGAUAUUUUUUUUCCCAUUUAGAAACAAUUUUUUGACAUCAAGAUGGCCGCCACUCGUAGCUUUUUAUUGAUGUUCUUGUGUAUAGCAAGUAAGGAAACUCGCAUCAUUUGUAAUAAUCGUUAAUUAUCGAAUUCUUUAUUGGUACGAUUUUAAUUGUAUAGAUGCCGAAUUCCGAUAAUCGCCUGAUGAAUCAAGCUUUUCGUGACGUAAACAAAGUAUCUGAAUACGUCAUUUUUUUUUUAUUAUAAGGAUACCACCAUGGCCUGUGCCAAUAACGAGAAUGUAUUCAUAUCCCAAAUGGCAACAUAGAUGAUGUAUGGGGUACAACAACUAUUUAUUUUCGGAAUUCCUUAUAUACGUGGAUUGGAUGACGAUAGCGUAAUUAUUAUUGUAGCGGAAAUAAAUUAUUCAGAUUUUUUAAAAAUUAAUUUUAGAGAAAAUAUUUAGUAAGUUCUGUUUAAAUUAGCCCUGCUCUUCCUGUUGGAAUCGGAGUUAAUAGAACACAAACAUAUAGACAUAUAUGACGUUGGAGCGAUCCCAAAUUUGAAAAAGAAUAAUCCAGGGGUGAUUAAUCUGUUUUACAACAACAACAAAAAUAGACUUACCCAUAGUAGAGACACAUUUAGCUAUAAAUCGCUGUGUGGGCGAUAUCCAAGAGUAACCCAAAAAUUAAAAAAAAUUAAGAUCGAGCUAUCAACCAACUAAUUUAUCUUCAAUAUAUGGAUCACCAAAUUUGAAAAAAAGAAAAUUUAAAAAUAAAAAUUUAUAAAGCAAAAUAAAAACUUAAACUUCUUAAAUCAAAAACUAACUUUGCUGGUUAUUACCCCACCUUUGAUUUUUCUCUCUCUCUCUGUGUUUUUAAAAUGUCGUUAAAUAUGUUUGAAAUGAAACAGGACUAUUUUAUUUUUCAAUUUAAAAUGCUCUGCUUCUGAGAGUUGCCAUUGACUCUAAAAUUAACUGUAGAUCUAAAGUUUUAAAAAAAUUAAUAAUAAUAAUCUUCCUGUAAUUUCAAUACAUUUGAAUCUCCUUUUAUUAGCUAAAAUAUUAUAUAUUUUGUUCUUCUAUAUUUUUGGCUUCUGAUAGAAUACGCAAGCCACCAAUAAGAAUACGUGUUCGCUUGCGUGGGUUAAACAAAUUAAAAGUUGCGAAUAUAUAUUAGAAUGAGCUAGAGUGACAUAACGCCAAAGAGCCUAUACGAUUAAAGUAUGUUUGGAUUCCUAAAAACAAUCAUAUUUUAUUUUAACGAAAUCGAAUAAAUUUAAUGCGCAAAAAAAUUUUUAAAUCCGCUUUAAUUUUAUUUAAAGUUAACGUUAUAUUAUUAUAAAUUACAAAUACAUUUAAAGUAUCAACUAAGGAAAUAUUUUAAGCAUUUAUAUGUGUUUGAAAGUUAUGAAAAAAUUUAUAACAAAUUUUAAAAUCAUGAUCAAAGAAUUCCACCGUAAUUACAUUUAUCGGGAAAACCCAAGCAUCAGUCAAGGCAUAUUGUUCAAGGCAGCACAAAUUACGUCUAAUGAUAAAGGAAUGAUUUUGAAAAAUAAUUAACCUUCGGAGGUAGGAAAUAGAUGUGUACAUUUUUACGUGGAUGACAAUAUAUUUAAAUCCUAUGGUGUUACAUUUUUGGAAAAAGAGAUGUUACAUUCUCUUUUUACAAUAGUGGUAUGUUCAAUUUGCCCAAGGCAAUACAAAAUACGUACCAAAAUAAAGGAAAUAAUUUGAUUAAUAAUUAACCUUCUUGUGUACAUACAUAUCGGAGAUAGGAAAAAGGAUGUGUACAUUUUUACGUGGAUGACAAUAUAUAUUAAAAUCCUAUGUUGUUACAUUUGUGAAAAAAGAGAUGUUAAAUUCUCUUUUUAUAAAUAAACAUGUGUUUACCAAUUAAGAAAAUCAAUUGCGUGAACAAAUCUUUGGUACAUUUAUACAAGUAUAUCUAUGAAUCUCAAAAGCCAAUCAUUUUACACACUUAAAAAUUAAAUUUUGACAAAUGAAGAUGGGUUAAUAUUUUCUUCUUUUUUUUUAAUGAAAAUAUAUUUUUGUUGUUACUUUGCAAAAAGUAAAGAGGUGUGUAUUGUUCUGGGAUUAACAAUUUAAUUUUUCAAAAAGACAGUGAAAUCUGAUAUAGGCGUGAAAAACAGUUGCGAGAUUCUUCUUUGAUAAAAGAAUUCUUUGUUUUACGAUUUUCUGAUAAUGUAUAAUUUUAAGAAAAGGCAAAAAUGUGUUUAAAUUUUUUAUGAAGAUAUUAAUAUAUAUUGAAUUGCUGUAGUACAAAAUAUAUUUAUAUCAUGUAUAGAGUUUUUGAUGUAAAUUUAAGAUUAGGUUUUUAAAAAAUUUUGAGAGACAAGGGCACGAAAAGGGGUAAAUCUAAAGUAUUUCUAUAGUAUAGUAAUUGUCCCUCAAUUUACUUCCUUAGUGUCAAAAGUGAUGUAAGUAGUGGUAAUUUAUACUGGGUUAUUUAAGGUCGUGUUUAGAAGGGAAAAAAGUAGUUUAGGAGCGUGAAAGGGAGUAAGGUAGGCGUAUAAUAUAUAGCAGAUAAAUACUUCUCCAAAUUUAAUGAUGUUAGAAACGUAAAUAUCAUUAAAUUUUAAAAGUUAUGAAUCGGGAUGAGUUUUUGCAAUAGCAGUUAGACAUUAUCGCAAAGGACCUACCAUUAUUAUCCCGAUAAAAUCGGGUCAUUUAUUCUAGUAGAAUAGAAUACAAUAGAAUAAAAUAUACUUAAAAAACAUUAACACAUAAAACAAUGAUUUUAACUAGCAUAUCAAUUUGUGUUCUUUCAGGCAGUGAUUUUGGUGUUAUUUCAGUGGAUGCAGCAAGUACGUACACUUUUCUAUGUUUGAAAUAUAACUUUGUAUUUAAAUGUUUAUUAAUAUACUCCUUUUAAAAUACAAUUAUAACUAAAUGCAAUUAACAAUUUGAAUUUAGUUUUCACUUUUAUUCAAGGUAAAAAAAAAAAAAGACUAUUUAAUUUUUUUUUAAUUAAAACCAGAUUUAUAAUUACAUUCACUGUAUUGUUUCAGCUGCCUCUUUGAUCGGAAAUUUUACUGUAAAUGGCCUAACCACCCCGGUGACAGUCAACCUUGGUGACAUGGUUGCUUUCGUCUGCUCGAAACUUGAUACAGUGGAUAAUCCAAAGUGGGCUCUACAGGCAACAACUUCAGGUGAGGGGCUCAAGAACAUCCGGGUGUCUUCAACAAAAGUAUUGUUGUCAAGAGCAUCUGGGUGUCUUUAAGUAAUGUUUUGUUUAUCUAACUCAAGUAGAUCUGCAUUUCACUAAAAUAAGAUUUUUAUAUAAGUCAGUAAAAUAGAUCUGAAUAUCUGAAAUUAAAGUCAGUAAAGUAGAUCUGAAUGUCUGGAACUAAAGUCAGUAAAGUAGAUCUGAAUGUCUGGAACUAAAGUCAGUAAAGUAGAUCUGAAUGUCUGGAACUAAAGUCAGUAAAUUAACACUUGCAUUAAAAAAACAAGCCUUUGAUGGUGUCAAAAAUAAAGUGUGGGGUGGGGAUCACGGGGUCGCUAAAACUUGAUGAAAAAAAGAAAUCCAAAACUAUAUUAAAUUAAAAAGAUUUGAUUUUUAUCGUUGUGUAAUUGUUGUUAUCUACUGAUGAAUAAUUUUUUUUUAAAAAUCAAUGUUAAGGUUAGUUAAGAUGUUGGUCAGUUGCGACUUGUUGCUUCACCAUCCACUGCUUAUCCCUAGUAAUGGAUAACUAGCUAAUCAUAUGUAUGUUAAGCAAAAGUUGGAUAUCAACGCCUGUAGAAAAAACAUUAACACUUAAAGAAUUUUUGCAUUCUUCAAAGUUCUCUGAUUUAGCUUCUAAUCCAUUUACAAGAAAGCGUUUCGAAAAACAAGGGGCUCCUUGUGAAUUUCAAAACAAGAACAACAACAAUCAGAAUGGUUACACCGGUAUCUAUAUAUGCAUAUGUCUUACUAUGGUCAGUUUAGGAAUUUUCAAAAAAAAGCUCCAUCAAAUAAAGGUAGUUUGACACAUGGACAUAUUGGGAUAAUCAAGUUACUGUAGCACAGACUUUUAGCUCAUAUGAGGUGACUUCACCCUUUUUAAAAAAAUUGUUUAAUGCUUUAAAUGGUGUCUAAAAGUUUGAGUAACAAUUUCUCUCAUGUCGUUAAAUAUGUCUGUGAUUAGACUACUGAAAAUUCGGUUUAUAAUCUUAAAAUUGAUUUCAUGUCCAAAAAUGUGCCAACAUUAAAAGCCGUUUUUUCCCCUCAAUAUGUCGGGGCAAAGGUAACUUUGUUUUUAGAUUCCAGAUGAAUGUGGUCGUUACUUGAAAACGCUUGAGAACCUGUGCACUAGAGCUACCGAUGUUAAUAACUAAGUUAAGUAAAUAUAACAGGCCCUGCCUUAAGGCGGCAGUAUGUGGCAAUCGGUGUUAAUCUGUGACUUGAUGAAAUGUAAAAUAAAAAAAAAUGGUUAAAAAAAACAAGGAAACUAUAACUAAAAUCAAGGAAAGUGUGUCUCCGGUAUAGGAGCAAGUCACGGGUGUACUGUUUUUUGUUUUUUUUUUCUUUUUUAAUACUAAAAAUCGAGUGGGAUCCCUGGUGGGAAAUCCUAUGCGCUUCUGAAUUGUUAAGACAGAGUUCCACUUCCACUCUGCUGGGUCAAGGGAGAUGGGAUAUGCAAGUGCGUGAACUCCUUCGCUUAAAAUUACGUCCUAACUGAUGGAUUAUGUGAUGGUGUUGGGUGGGUGGGGAGGGGAGAGGAAAGGGCUUAGGACGGAGCCAUUCUGAAAUUAGACUCUGAUCCAAGGGCGGCAAGCCAUCGGGGGUAUAAAGCAUCACUGACGCCAAUUUUCUAUUUUUCAGAUUUAUUUCCGGGUCAAGGGCUAAGUCACUAUUUAUCCCGGAUGAUGCUAGUAUUUUUAAAUAUACAUAUAUUUAUUAUUUUGUGGAUAGUUUACAGAAUACAUUUUCAUUGCAAAAAAGUGGAAAAUAAAUAAAUAGUAUAUAUUAUAUAUAACUCAUUUUAGAAAAGACGCUCUUCUAAGGUGACUUUUCACAAAUUUAAAGAAAGAAAAUAAUUUACUUUUAACAUUUAUUUAAAUCCACCAUUAACUAAUUUUUUUUUAAAGUGUCUAUACAUUAUACAUCUGCACAAGACUCAGCUAGACCAAGGCGUCUCUAAAAUUCAUCUGGACAAGCUAGUCAAUGCAUCCGAUGAAGAAGCGUAUCUCGAGCUGAACGCAUGCACAUUAUCGUAAAGACGCUUAAGUCGUUGAUGGUUUUCUCAUAUCCAUUUAGGUACAUACAUCUUAGGAGGCCCGAGUUUUUCCGUUACAGCAAGAAGUAUCAGUGACACAGUCGCCGCCACCUGUGCCAUGAACGAUGUCAUCGCCUGUAUCGCCACCGACUCGGCGGGCAACACGGAUACGAAAACUGUGCAGGUCAAAGUUCAAUGUGAGUAUCGGAAUGUACACAAAAAAUUAAUUAAAAUAAUAAUAACAAUUUCGAAAGGCGUUCAUGGAAUGGGUUUCGUUCAUUUCUGGUAAGUGGGUGGGUGGGAUCUUUGACAUCAUUCAUUGCUGGAAGGUGGGUUCUUUGACAACGUUAGCUGUCAAACACAUCUUCAUUAACGGACAUCAUGAGUGAAGGGUAUUUCAUGAACUGACUCCAUGAGUUAAGGGUAUCUUCAUGAACUGACUCCAUGAGUUAAGGGUAUCUUCAUGAACUGACUCCAUGAGUUAAGGGUAUUUCAUGAACUGACUCCAUGAGUUAAGGGUAUCUUCAUGAACUGACUCCAUGAGUUAAGGGUAUUUCAUGAACUGACUCCAUGAGUUAAGGGUAUCUUCAUGAACUGACUCCAUGAGUUAAGGGUAUCUUCAUGAACUGACUCCAUGAGCUAAGGGUAUCUUCAUGAACUGACUCCAUGAGUUAAGGGUAUCUUCAUGAACUGAUUUCAUGAGUUAAGGGUAUCUUCAUGAACUGACUCCAUGAGUUAAGGGUAUCUUCAUGAACUGACUUCAUGAUUUAAUUAACCAAGGUCUUUAAGUGAAGGAGAGAUUCAUUUACUGCUAUCGCAUCUUAUUCAACAAACGAGAAGUUUGUUAACGUCAAAGUUAAGACGUCAAUAUUCAAUGUAGCUUAAUAUGAAAGACGUCACUAUUCAAUCUAGCUAAAUAAGACGUCGCUAUGCAAUCUAACUUAACUUGGAAGACGUCGCUAUGCAAACUAACUUAACGUGGGAGAAGUCGCUAUGCAAUUUAGCUAAACGUUCAACAAUUAUUUGUUUAAAAAUUCGAUUUAUCUAAUGUGACUUUUUUUAUUGCGCAAGGCGUCCGCUUAUAAUACAACAGAGAAAGGUGUUUAAACUAGUUAGUACUGUGUCUUUGAUGCACCGUUCUUAUUGUGUUGUUAUACAUCUCCAUAGCUGCUAGCUGCACCGGUUCCGGAACUGGAGCCUCAAGCGCCACCCCGGGAGCCUCAAACGCCACCCCAGGAAACGGUGUAGAGGUGCAGGCACGUCUCUCCGUCAUCUGGUUGGUCGUCACAUGGAUCUCCAGCCUACAGAUGCUCUUGAUGUGAUUUUUUUUUAUGUUGCAACACAACAUGCAGUUAUUAGUGCUAUAAACCUUAUCUUUAAUAUAUAUAUUUAAUAUACAUACAGAUAUUUUUUUACAAUGAAUCCUUGUAUUUUCAAUAUUCCAUAAAUUGAUUGUUACAUGUCUUUCUUAUCCAAUCUAUCACGCUAGUUGAACAAUGACUUAACACAGUGGUUCUCAACCUUACUAAUGCCGCAACCCUUUAAUACACUUUCUCAGAUUGUGGCGACCCCCAGCCACAAAUUUAUUUUUGGUGCUACUUGAUAACUGUAGAGUUUAUGUGAUUUCCCAUGGUCUUAGGCGACCUAGGAAAGGGUCGUUCGACCCCCCAAAGGGUUCGCGACCCACAGGUUGAGAACCGCUGACUUAACACAACUCACCGGCAAUGACGUUCGAACUCCGGACGAAAUUAUUAAGGGAGAGAAAUAGGCUUAUUGAUUAUAAUCCUGCAGUGGAGUGAGCUUCCCAUGGAGUGAUCUUCCCAAUCGGUCUUGACCAGAUGGAGCAAGCUUCCCAUUCACGAGGCACUGGGCGUCUCCAGGAUGGCACACUAUGUCACGGUCAUACUCAAAUGUAUCGAUUGUAUUUAGAAACACAAUGUUCAUCAGCAGACCGAUCACGGGAGCUAAAAAUCUCUACCGGCUACGUCCGGUAACUCACAUCCUACACGUGACAUGAUUCGUUGCCAGCGUGGCGCGUGACGUGCUAUUCGCCGAGGAAAAUCCGUGCCCAUAUCACACAUGACAGCAUUAGCGUAUUUCACAGAGUGAUUUUGUUUAAAAAUCUAUCUGCUCCAGUGCUGAGAUGUCACAUUUGCCUUCAAGAGACAAGAUCCUAGACAAGGCAAUAGGUUUAUAAUAGAUCAAAUUUUUUUAAGCACACAAUGACGCACUUUAAGCUGGAACGAAAGUGAAAGAUUCAUCGAUCCAUUCACCCCUCCUUGUUACGACCAAUCGCAGUGGACUUACUUUUUCCUCUCUUCCUUCCCAUGUUUGCUUGUAAUAACUCUCUGACCUACUUAUUCACGCGCCAUAACGUCUAUCUUGUUGUCCUCUUGUAUAACUACAUGGCAGCUAAGUGUAUA